AUGACUGCUGCCUCCGGAGGCUUUGUGGCAGUCAUCAUCGCUCCAGGAAACUCACGUCAACUGUUGGAGACCGGUGAGACCGUCCCUCUGCAGACUCUGCAAUGCUACAAUGACUACACCAGCCGCAUCAUCUGCAGCUGGGCCGACAUGGAGGACGCCCAGGGCCUCAUGAACGUGACCCUCUAUCGCAAGCUAGAAAAGAACUAUCCAGUGUCCUGUGACCUCAGUGAAGACCUACUGUGGUCAGAGUGCCCGUCCCUCCACCGUUGUGUGCCCCGAAGAUGUUUCAUCCCCUACACACAGUUCAUGAUCACUGAUGAAGACUACUACUCAUUCCAGCCGAAUCGGGACGUGGGCAUCCAGCUCGUGCUUCCACUGGCCCAGCAUGUGCAGCCCCCGCCCCCCAAGGACCUCCACAUCAGCCCCUCGGGGGACCACUUCCUGCUGAAGUGGAGUGUGACCCUUGGGGAUGCCCCGGUCCCCUGGCUGGCACAGGAGGACAUCCAGUUUGAGGUGACUUAUAAGAGGCUUCAGGACUCCUGGGAGGGGAAAUUCUACUGGAGGAAGGACACCAUGACAUUCCCUGAAAUUAUCCUCCCUCCAGUCCAGAUGCACCCUCCCACCCUCAACGUGACCAAGGACGAAGACAGCUACAACCUGCGUUGGGAAACUAAGAAAAUGUCCUACCCUCACAUCGAGCACAAAUUCCAAAUCCAGUACACAGAUAACCCAGACAACUGGGAGGACAGCAAGACAGAGAUCCUAGAUCGUGCCCAUAGCAUGGCCCUGCCACAACUGCAGCCCUCCACCACAUACUGGGCCAGGGUGAGGGUCAAGCCCCUCCCCUACUACUAUGGGAUCUGGAGUCAGUGGAGCGAAGUGCAAACCUGGACCACUGACUGGGUGAUGCCCACGUGGGGGACGGUCCUCAGCCUGAUCUUCCUCAUCCUCUUCCUGCUCCUGGCCCUCCGCUUUGGCUGUGUCUAUGGGUGCAGGAUGUACAGGAAGUGGAAGGAGAAAAUCCCCAACCCCAGCAAGAGCCUCCUCUUCCAGUGGAGAAGGGUGGGAGACCCAGGAGGCUGGACUAGCAGGAGGAUGUCAUAUGCACAUUUGGGGGUCAAUGAAGUGUCGCCACUCACCAUAGAGAACCCCAACAUUGUCCAAGAUCCACCGUCUGGGCCUGAUUCAACUCCAUCUACCUCAUCAGAACCCAUGGAUCAGCUUUCCAAUGACCAGCGAGACCCACCAACCCCUUCUGGCAGACCUGGGAACCGGACACCCAGCUUUGACUUCGACGGCCCCUACUUGGGGUCUCUCCAAACCCACUCCCAGCCUGAUCUCCCAGGCCCGUUGGUCACCCCCCAGAUUGGUGGGAGCCUGAGGCCAGCACUGCCAGGCUCCCUGGAAUACCUGUGCCUGCCUCCUGGGGGACAAGUACAGCUGGUCCCAAUGUCCCAGGCCAUGGGGCAGGGCCAGGCUGUGACUGUGGAGUGUGAGCCUAGCCUGGGGUCCACAGAGAGCUCUUCCAUGGAACUAAUGGACAGCCCUUCACUUGAGCCGAGGUUGGAGGAACAGGAACCAAAGGACAACCCAGUGACUCUGCCCAUAAGCUCUGGGGGCCCCGAGGACCCUGUGGUGGCCUCUGGCUAUGUCAGUCCUGCAGAUCUGGUGCUCACACUGCCCACAGGGCUCCUCUCUACCUCUCUGACCCCCUUUCUAGGGUCCCCCUCAGCUCAGGGCCCCAGUCUCUGUCUCAAGCUGCCUGGGGUCCCUCCUCUAAGCCCCGCUCUUCCACCCCCAGAGUUUGAUGACUAUGUGGAUCUCCCUCCAAGCAUGAGCCAGGCCCCCCAGUCCCCUCUGGACAGUUCUGUCCCUCCUGUGCCAAGCAUUUCCACAGCGAGCCCAGCAGAGCCCAGGGAGGAGGUGGCCCCAGCCUCCCCUCACCCUGAAGGCCUCCUUGUUCUUCAGCAGGUGGGGGACUACUGCUUCCUCCCUGGCUUGGGCCCUGGCUCCCCCUCACCAUCACCACAUAACAAACCACCUUCUCCAGGCCUGUGUCCUGAGACUGUGGACCUAGACCAGGACCUGUCUGUCAAAAAGCUUCCCUGCCAGCCCAUGCCCCAGGUGCCAGCCAUCCAGUUUUUCAAGUCCCUGAAGCAUCAGGACUACCUGUCACUGCCCCCUUGGGACAGCAGCCAGCCUGGGAAAGUAUGCUGAGUCCACCCACCCAACUGCACCAGCAGCCCUGCACCUCAGCCUGUGGACCUCAGUCUGACAUCUCCACAGAACCCCAGAGGCUUCCUUGAUGACGUGCACAGUCUUCCCUGACCUUAGCCCUGACCUUCAGCAAUACCCUCCACCCCGUCUCUGGUUUCCUGGGUGUUGUAGGAUCUUUCUUCUUUUACCUCUGACUUCUUGGAGCAGGGAUGGGACCAGAGAGGCCUCUGAGGGUGAGAGCUGCAUUGUCUGUUAGGGUUUAAGGACUGCUAUGGUCUUCUUGUCCCCCUCAAGCACCAAUAACAUGGCACAGUUCUGGUUCAGAGCAUGAGUUGGAAGACUCAAGGGGAUACUCUGAGGGUCAGACUUGGAAAAGCGGCAGGCUCAAGUCAUUUCAAAUGGGCGUGGUCUUCUAUGGCUAUCUAAAGCUCCUGGGAGCCCUGGGGGUCCUUUCAGAGUGGACUGGGGAUCCUCAUCAUGUAGAGAAGUGGCUGAUGGGCAAUGCUGGCUAGUGACCACAGCUGUGGCCAGGCUGGAGUGAUGAAAAACAACAGGGAAGCCUGGCCUCGUGAACUCAUGGUGUCAACUGCAGAAAAACCAGGGUGUGGAUCCCUGCAAGGACAGGAACGUGGUGAUCACACAGGACAGCACUUCCAAAGACUCAGUCUGGACAUCCGGGCUGCUCUCCCUCCAGAAUGCCUGGAUAUCUGUGGCUCCCACUGACUUCAGAUGUGGGUUUGCUGCAGGACUGUUGCACUUGGAAAUGACUGCCUUCUUGACAUUCUGGGCACCAUGGCAUUACUUCAGUCCAUUCUCACUUGCAUUAUUUUCAUUUCAGGUUUGCACAUGGCUUUUGUAUGUGUCUUGAGUAUAGGCUUUUUUGUUGUUGCUGGGCAGGAGGGAUUGGGGAUGAAUCCCAUGAACAAUUUUGUCCCUCAGAGUGUCAUCUCCUCAGAUGAGACUGUACAGCUCUUUCCAUGUGGCCUUUUAUGGGGCACGCAUGUCUCCACUCAAUGUGUUCUCUCUUAGUUUUGUGCAGGAGGCACAAUGGCGCCCUCAGCACUUACAGGCUGCAUUGCUGUGUGACCCAUUGCGGAGCUGAACCUCUCUUUGGGGUCAUAUUUGCAGUGGCCUUUGCAGCAAACAUACAUGUGCCUUCUUUCAUAUUCUUUCUGCAUCUCCAGCCUUGCCCGGGAGGUUUUAACUUUUCUAGAACCCAGGCUUACACUGCAGAGAUCUGUCCUUUUGUGAUCUGAGGACCUGGGUCCAGGGCACAUUGUGUCCUUUCUUCACCCAUCUGCUCUCCAUCCCUGAAUCUGAAAGGCCCCUUUGUGACCCAUCAAGUCCUCGGAUGGACCUGCUCUGUCCCAGCAUGUUAUGUGGUAGCCUCACUCUGUAAAUGGUAGCCACGCCUCUUUUUGUUUGAUUUUGCCCUGUGUCAGGCAGAGCAAGUGUUCCUUGGUCUCUGUUCAUUGCUGCAAAGAAACCCACUAACAUCUUGAGUGUGUUUCAGUGGCGAUGCUCACAAUAGCCUCUCAAUAUGUUCUAUAAUGGACCCCUCUAGGGAAACAAGCAAGAAAGACCUCCAUGUAUCAAGACAUUGACUCUAAAUUGCCUGGCAUUAAGAGGGAGAGAGCAUUGUAAUAAAAUAUUUGUAACAUAUCA